AUUACAGAACAGCUCCAAGCAGCUCCCCAGCAGCCAGGCAGGACAGGUCUGUGCUUGAGCCCUGUGGCUGCCUGGUGGUGACAGGGUCACUCUGAGCCCCAGGCAUGGAGGCUUUUUCCCACCUGGGAGCUGCCCCGGGCUGAGCUGCCUUCGUGGGCCUGUAGGGAGGGAGCCUGCCGUGUCCUGUGAGGGUCCUCAGGUCCUAAAGCCAGCAAGAGCCACCGGGCCCCAGGGAAUUUGUUAACUUGUGGUCAGCUCAGAAAGGAGAAGCUCCCAACAGGGGAGCGCUGGGGACGGUGCCCACGAGAAGAGGCACCCACUGCUUGAGAGGAUCCUUCAGAGACAUCGGCUCCACGCUGGAGACACCACGGUCCCUGGGGACAUGGGUCCUGCUCUCCUCCUGCUGCUCACCACGGCUGGCUUCUGGCAUGGCUCAGCAUCUCCAGUGAUCAGCCCUGACCUCCCUGCUCUGGUUGUCAACACGGGUGAUCCAGUCCUCUUGCACUGCUCAGGAGAGUCUGAAGUUGCAUGGAAUAGCAAAAAGAAUACCUUCAGUAACCACACCAUCAGCACGCUCAGCAUUCCCAAGGCCACUUACAGGAACACAAGCACCUAUAGCUGUGGUUACGUCAACAGCAGUGACAAGGGCAUUGCAGCCAUCCACCUGUUUGUGCGAGACCCCGAUAACGUGUGGUACACCCCCCAGUUCCGCGUCCGGGGAAUCGAAGGUGGGAAUGUUGAUCUGCCCUGUCUCAUCACGGCCCCCGAGUACGGAUCCAACGUGACUCUGAUAAUGGAUGACGCCUCUCCUCUCCCACCUGGGACCAACUAUUCCUUCAGUGCUGAGAAAGGAGUUAGGCUCUACAAUGUGCAAAGCAGGCAUAAAGGUUCUUACCGAUGCCAAGCACAGAUAAAUGGAAAAAUAAAGAAUUCAUCAAGAAUAAGAUUGGUUAUGGAAGAAGCACUGGAGAAACCUGUGUCAGUGAUGAUGCACCCCGCAGACCAUGUGAGAAUCGUGGGAGAACCUUUUCGAGUCACCUGCAGAGUGAUUGCUCCUUCCCACAAGUAUGACAUCAGAUGGGUGACAGCAGCAAAGACAGUCACGAGAACUAAAAGGACUGACUUUGCAAAUGGUAACUACUUCAUCAAUGACACCCUGUUCGUUGCAGCCGUGACCAUGGAAGACAGUGGGAAGUACAUCUGUAUAGCUAACAAUUCAGUGGGAUUCAGGAAUGCCUCAACAAUGCUUCAGGUAGUAGAGAGAGGUUACGUGCACCUGAUCCCAGGGCAAGCCACCAGCCAGGAGGUUGCUCUUGGAGAGAGUGUGAAGCUGCAGGUCCACAUUAAGGCUUACCCAAAACUUCUCCAGGGGGUCUGGGAACACACGAAUCCCUUAAAGAACUCUAAACCCACCAUAUUGGAGGGCCAAAUGAUCUCUGGAAACAACUGGUACAACAACACACUCUUCCUGAACCGCCUCAAGGAAGCAGAGGGAGGGUUCUACACAUUUCAUGCCCUCAACAGUGUGACCAACGAAUCAGUUACCUUCAGUAUCUCUCUGAAAUCUUCUCCAAGGGUCUGCAAAAUCAAGGUGCCAGCCGAUGACCCCAGCAUCCUUCAGUGCACGGCCAUCGGGUACCCUGCCCCACACAUCGAGUGGUACCAGUGCCCGCUGCACUCGGACAGGUACAGUGAGGAGUACAGAUUGAUAAGGAAUGACUCCAGACCCCAGGUGGUGAAUAUGUUGCCCUUCCAAGAGGUGGAGGUGGAGAGCAUCAUCCUCUUCCAGGAGCUGGGUGACAACUUCACCUUCUGCUGCGUGGCUGUUAACGGGGAAGGGAACGCCUCUGACAUGUUUCACUCACUCACCAUCACCAGGAGCAUCGUGGCCCUUCCAAACAAGCUCUUCAGCCCUGCUCUCUCCUCCUGCAUAGGCACAUUGGUGCUGCUGCUCCUCAUACUCCUCUUCCUGCUCUACAAGUACAACCAGAAACCCAAGUACCAGGUGCGGUGGAAGAUCAUUGAGGCCUGUGAAGGCAAUAAUUACAUCUUUAUCGAUCCCACUCAGCUGCCAUACAAUGAAAAAUGGGAGUUUCCAAGGAACAACCUCCAGUUUGGAAAAACUCUUGGAGCAGGAGCCUUUGGAAAAGUGGUAGAAGCCACAGCUUUUGGGCUGGGCAAAGAAGAUUCGGUGCUCAAAGUGGCUGUGAAGAUGCUAAAGGCAUCAGCAGACACGGACGAGCAGGAGGCUCUCAUGUCUGAGCUGAAGAUCCUGAGUCACCUGGGGCACCACGAGAACAUUGUUAACCUGCUGGGGGCGUGUACCUGUGGAGGCCCAAUCCUUGUCAUCACCGAGUACUGUCGCUAUGGAGAUCUGCUGAAUUUCCUGCGGAAGAAGGCAGAAUCCAUAAUUAUCCAGGAUUCUGCCCUGGACACCUCUUUAGACAGUGCUGCUGAUUACAAAAACAUUGAGCUAGAGAAAAAAUACAUCCGCAGUGACAGUGGCUUUUCAAGCCAGGGUUUGGAAACAUAUGUUGAAAUGAGGCCCGUGUCGUCAUCAUCAUCUUCAGCAGCAUCAGAUUCUGUGCAAGUCAGGGGGAGAAGCUUGGAGGAAGAAGGUGAAGCCAGGGAGGAUCUCCGUCCUCUCAAUCUCUCUGACCUGCUACAGUUCUCCAGCCAGGUGGCCCAGGGCAUGGCAUUCCUCGCAUCAAAGAACUGCAUCCACCGUGACUUGGCAGCCAGGAACGUGCUCAUAUCAGACGGACGGGUAGCCAAGAUCUGUGACUUUGGCCUGGCCCGGGACAUCAUGAAUGACUCCAAUUAUGUUGUGAAAGGCAAUGCCCGCCUGCCCGUGAAAUGGAUGGCUCCAGAGAGCAUCUUUGACUGCAUUUACACAGUGCAGAGUGAUGUGUGGUCUUAUGGCAUCCUGCUCUGGGAGAUCUUCUCCCUUGGGAAGAGCCCCUAUCCUGGCAUGGUGGUGAACAGCAAGUUCUACAGCAUGGUGAAGCAGGGAUACCAGAUGGCCAGGCCUGACUUCGCUCCCUUGGAAAUGUACAGCAUCAUGCAGGCGUGCUGGAGCCUGGAGCCCACACGGAGACCCACCUUUGACCAGAUUGGCUGCUUCAUCCAGAAAGAGCUGGAGGUGCAUAAGGAACAGGACUACACCAACCUCCCCUCCAGCGCUGAGGAAGACAGUGGCUGUGACACCUCCGGCUGCUGUGAGGAGUCCUGCGAGCAAGAGGAGAGUGGGCAGCCCCUUCUCAAGGGCAACAACUACCAGUUCUGUUAGGUGGGACCUUCACCCUGGGGUUGAUCCUUGUCCUGGCUCCACAGAGCUCACCCUAGGACACAGACACCUUCUGCUUUGGCCUUCUCUGUGCUUUCUGAAGUGUGAGUGUUACGGACUCUCUCACCAAAAGGAGAGCGAAGGACUCACCAUGGGGUCCCUGAAAUCUUAUCUCACACAUAGCAUAGAGUUGUUAGGAUGGUAACAGGCUCCAUCUCUACAAGGUACACAGAGGUCCCCAUCACCUGCCUCCCCAUGCCCCAGAGAAGGCUGUGGGAGUUUGGGUUUUGUAGUUUUUAAAAAAAUACUAGUCACAGGAAGUGAGACAUUUCCAAGCGUCACUGACAUCACUGAACCCUUGUGUUUUAUAAGCACACCUUGAAAUAUGUCUUGGCACUGGAACUACACCACACAUUCUCCUGCUGGUCCUGCUCUCUUCCCUUUGUCAGUCUGACCCUGGACACUGCAGUAUGUUUAGAUAUAGAUAGCUUCUACAUAGCAUUAAACGUGCAUUAACCCCUACACUUCCUCCUGCAAUCCACCUCUCUGCAGCUGAUGCUUCUGCAGGGAGUGUUUGGGUGAAGUGAGCCACAGAGCCAACCCCAGGGAUAUGUGAACUUGUGCCCCACUACCAGGACAGAGGGACAGUUCUUUCUCAGGUAAAAGAGAAGAAAACAGUGCUCUUCCAUGAGAGCACUGAACACAACCCAAACCCAGGAAAGAAUGGCAGCUUAAAGAGGUCUAGAAGUUAUCAACAUUACACAUAUCCUACAGAACUUCUGAGUUACUGAGCAUGUAGCAAUCACUGCCUUUGUCACUAUUACAGACCUGUACUAAAUUUCCUAAAUGUACUUUCAAUAGUGCAACUGAGGUGAUUUUUUUCAUAAGCUAGGGUCUAAUGCCCUUCAACCUAUUUCUCAGUUAGCUCUUGCUCAGGGUUAUUACUGCCCCAGCCCCCCACUCCUGUGUACCUACCAGAAGCUAAAGAACCUUCUUAGCUUCAGCUGACUCGGUGGGUAAAGGAUCUCUAUUCCAGGUACAGGCAAAUUGCAACUGACAGGGCUCAGACAAACACAACUGCACUGCAGGUGGCCUUUGUCACACUCUGAGCAAUUGCACUGUGGGCCAUUCCUGAUUCUAUUAAACCCGGUUUUAUGCUAACACCAAGUGAUUCAUUCCUCCUUACUAAAUGAAAAGCUAAUGUAACUCUAUCUGUCAGCAUUAUAAAAAAUAAAAUGAGUUAACAAAAUGA